CUCAUCCCAAUCACCCAACAAGGGGACCAUAUCUUUCCAAGCUGUCCCCUAUAACCUCAAACACAUGGUUCUCGCACAUCCGAUCAUUUUAAACACGAAAUAAUCAUAUAAACAUGUAAAAAUCUAUAUAAUACUGAUUAUAAUUAUCUCAACUUCCUUCCUUAAUAUAAAUACUAGUACACAAGCUUACUUAUAUCAACAUUCCAAACUCCCACACAAAAGAUACAGUGUAAUCAAAAUCUCCCAUGGAAAAUCGGAGGAAAAGGUCAAGCUCUGGUGAUCAAGAUUCCGAUUUCGAAUUCGGGUGCUAUACCCGCCCGGAUUCACCCUCUUUAGAUCCAUAUAAAACCUCACCAGCCGAUCAUCUUUUCUUCAAUGGCCGACUCUUGCCACACGCCUUUCCUUUACAGCUUUCUCCAACAACACCAACAAUGGGUUCAGCCGAUAAUGGUUCUCGACCUACAAGCCGAACAAGCAGCAUCAACAGCAAGCAUUCAUUGAUGUCUUCGAGAAGCAACAGUAGCAGCAGCAGAAGCAGUACUUGCAGCAGUGCAAGAACAAGCUCGAGUGACAGUUCGGAGAGGAGAUUAUUGUACCAUAGCAGAAUCCGAGGAUGUGAAAACAAAGCAGGCAAGCUUGUAAGUGGUCAGUUGUAUGGGGAUCCCCACAGAUGGCAGUAUAUAACAGCAGUGCCUGUUCUGAAACGUGAGGUUUCCAGGAGGAAACAUGCUGAAGCUAAGAAACAAGGUGAUCAUCAACAAAAUUGUGUUUCUAGAGGAAGAUAAAGGGGUUGCCUGAGAUUUUUCAGGUUAUUUUUGUUGGCCUGUAGAGAAUGUCAUGCCUUGGAACCUUCCAGGAAACAAAGAAGUGGGGCAAGGAAAUUUGACUGGUGUUGUUCGAUAAUUCAUGAUUAAUUAAUCCAUGUAGAUUAUUCAACCUUUUUUUCCCUGAAUAUAUUCUUGUUUGAGUUUGUGUUGAUUUUGUCCUUUCAACGUCAUUUGUUUGGAAUUUUGGCACAAAAUUUCUUGUAAACUGAAAAUAUAAAAUCAGAAAAAAAAGAACAUUCAAGAUAUUUAUAUCA